AUGCCGCAGCGUCGCAGCAUGCUCUGGUGCCUCUUGGCAACAGCGUCCGCGCUGCAACCCCCACAGAUCAUCGCCGCGGCGUCGUCGCGCGAGAUGCGGCGCAUUGCCGCGCUCGUCGUAGAGGACGGCAGCCGAGUGUUGGAGUUGGGCUCGCAGCUCAGCUCGACCACGGCGGCGCUCAAGGCGGCCGCCGGCGCGGGCCGCGUCGUCGCCGUCGACGUCGCGCGCAAGACUCCAAAAACAAAAACUGAGCGGUCGGCGCAGUUCCGCGGCGGAUCUGACGCCGUCGCCGUCGACGACUUUCGCGAAGUCGCGGCGGCGCGCGACAUCCCUGCGGCGCUCGCGCCCGACGAGCGCUUCGACGUUGUCGUCGUCGAUACGAUGGCGCUCGCGGGCAUGGACUUGGCGCUGGACACGCUCGCGCUCGUGCGUACGCUGCGAUCGCGCCAGCGGCCGCCGCCGCUGUGCGUCGUCAAGAGCGCGGCGCUCGCGCGCCUCGGCGGACGGCUGUUCUCCGCAUGCGACCUCUCGCGCGUCGACGACGUGCUCCGCGUCGCGGCGGCGCGACGGCGGCGCCUCGACGCGGGCCGCGUCUACGAGGCGGAGCCCGUGGUCGUCGCGGCCGUCGGAGUCGACGAGUACCGGUCCGUCAUCCCGACGGCGGUGCGCCCGGGCGACGCGACGCUGGAGCUCGGCUGCCACUUCGGCACGUCGACGGCCCUACUCGCGGCGGCGUCCGGCGGCGCUUGCCUCGGCGUCGACGUCGGCGCGUCCAUCGUCGCGGCCGCGCGGGAGCAGCAUCCGCACGUCGACUUCCGCGUCGGCGACGCGUGGGCGACGGCAGGCCUGGCGGCGCUCGCGCCGCCGGCGGGCUGGGACGCCGUCUUCGUCGACGUCGGCGGGCUCUCGAGCGUCGACGGCACGCUCGAGGCCCUCGGUCUCGUGCGCGCGCUCGGCGCCGCGCUCGACCCGCGGAUCGUCGUCAUCAAGAGCAAGUGCCUGCGGAACCUCGCCGAGACGCUCGUCCCGUCCUCCCGCGUGUCGGAGCCGCUAAGGGGCCUGGGUCUGGGCUGCCCAAUCAUCGACAUGGGCGUCUCCGUGCGCGCCGCGGCGCUCCUGGUCGCAGCGAUGCCCACAACAACAGCGAUCACGGCCGACGCGACGGUCUUCGGCAAAUACUUCUCCCUCGACGCGAGCGGAGCGCCGUCGACCAUCGACCAGAGCUACUACUUGUUCCUCCCGACGGUCCCGCCCGCCGACGGCGGCGCCGCCUACCCCGUCGUCCUCUCCUACCACCCCGGCGGCUUCACGGGCGGCGCGCCGUCGGGCGACUGCGACGCGGACGUCUGCGCGUCGCUCCUGGACCGCGGCAUCGCGUUCGCGUCCAUGGGGUACCGCCUGGACGGCGCGCGCUACUACUUCUGCCCCGACGGGUCGACGGCCUGCGCCGCGGCGGACCGGCGCGAGGCGGAGUUCAUCCACGUGCACGAGGACGGCGGCUUCGCGCUCGACGCCGCGAGGACGCUCGCGAGCUACGAGGUCGCCAUAGGCCGCCAGGAGUUCAACGGCCAGGCCGCGUACGACGCCGCGGCGGGCUUCGAGCACCUGCUGGCGAAUAAUCCGAACAUUGACGCCCACAAGGUCGGCCUCACGGGCUCGUCCGCCGGCGGCGCGGCGCUCAACUACCUCGCGUGGGUCUGGCACGCCCUGCCCGGGAACGCGGCGCGCGCGACGCCGCGCGCUUUGGUCUACACCAUGGCCCAGCUCAACUACCCCGUGGAGAACACGCUGGACGUGGAGUGGCGCGUCUGGGCCGACGACCUCGGCUACGACGCCAAGCUCGCGGACAUCGUCGAUUUAGACGACUGCUACGCGAUCGUGGGAAACCCGUGCUGCGGCGGCGACAUGAUCUGCGAGGGCGCGGCCGUGAACCUCUGCAACAUGACCUGGCACAACGCCACGGUGGCGCGCUACUGCACGGCGGACGCCUACGCGACGGCGACGGUCGGCGACCUCGUGGAGACGCAGGUCUGGCCGACGGAGACGGCGCAGCAAAGAGGCCUCGCGAAGCUCUGGUACGCGCAGCGCAACAUGGCGGGCGCCGCGGCCCACUACAACCUGACGGCGACGCCCUUCUACGUCUACGUCGCGAACCAGCUCAACGGGACGGUCCACAUGGAGGUCGUGCACCACGCGGUCGCCGCGCGGGCCUACGCGAAGGCGGCGGCCGCCGCGGGGCUCCGCUACGUCUCCUACUACACGGACUACGCCCACAUGACGGCCGACGACGCCGGCGACGCCCGGUUCGCCGUGGGCUCCGACGUCUACAACUACAAGAGCAACUGGGACUUCGUCGCGAGGACGGGCGUCGCGCCGCUCGGCCGCGUCUCCGUCGCGGAGCAGAUCGCGACGUUCUGCUUCGCCUUCGAGCAGACGUGCCACAACCGCACGGCCCUCUAA